AUGGCGAAACCGGGCCUUUUGUAUGUGACAAUGCAGCCCCGCGAUUCACUUCCCGCGGCUCAGUUCCACGACUGGUAUAAUAAUGAACACGGGCCAUUGCGCUUGCGCCUGCCCUUUGUCACCAAUGGCUUUCGCUAUCGCGCCACUGAUGGACUGGAACCCGAGUGGGUGGCUCUGUAUGAUGUUACGGACAUGAACGAGUUGACCCGGGAGUCUUAUCAGGCUCUUCGCGGCGAUCGCAUUAAAACUCCACGUGAAAAGGCUACUAUGGCCCAGAUUGCCGUCGAUCGCUGUGUAUACGAUCUCCUCGACGAUCAGAAUACAGCCAACUACAAACCUCUCGAAGAGCAACUAGAUCAUGAUGCUGACGGCUCCGUUCUGGUCGCUGUCUUUCUCAGUUUGCCCGCCGACUCUGCCAAGGAGGACGAUCUCAACCGCUGGUAUCGCGAAGAACAUAUCCCUAUGCUGAGUCGAGUACCAGGAUGGCGUCGUAGCCGCCGUUUUGUUACGGCUACCAUUGAUCCAAAUGCCCCUCGAGAAUUCCUUGCCCUUCAUGAAUACAGUCCAUCAAACGGACUUGGAGGCCCGGAGCACAAAGCUACCAUGGCCACCCCCUGGCAUGAUCGCCUUAUGAGCGAGGUGGUGAUACAGAAGAGACGCCGUGUCUACCAAUGGGCGUACACAUUUGGCCCCGCGCCACGCGAACUAUCGUCUCUCACCUCUCCGGAAGUUGCUGGGCCCUGGGCCUCCAACGAUGGCCGUACGCGCACGUUCCCCUCACCCUCGCGACCUGUCGUGGAAUCCUUUGUCACCACCCCUGAUGGCGUGGACCUCCCGUACCGCUUAGAAGGAAGUGCCGACCCGCACAGCCCGGUGAUCUCCUUCCGCAUUCUGCGAUACCUCACCCGUGGCCGUCUUCGCGAGUGCGGCGAGACCCCUAUUGAUAUUGACUUGCUGGCGUCGGAUAUUGUCGCGCUGUUGGACGCCCUGCGCAUUCCCACAGCCACUCUGAUUGGUGUUAGCCUUGGGGGUGUGACCGUACUGAACGCAGCAUUGCGGUAUCCCAAGCGUGUCCGCCGGUUCAUCGCUUGCGACACCAACAGCGCCUCUCCCGAGUCUAAUCGCAAGGCGUGGAACGACCGUGCGGCCCUGGCCGAGAGCGAGCGGGCCGUGUCCCCCACCACCCAGGAGCCCAUCAUCGGUGAGCAGCUGGCCGAAGCCACGACAAGAAGAUGGGUUGUGGAUGAGUCGUAUUCUACGCAGCCCGAAGUCGCUGCGCGGAUUAAGGAGAUUGUGUGCAAUAAUAGUUUGGACGGAUUCCGCAAGGCCAUGCAGGCACUUUGUGCCUAUGACGUGCGCAGCCUCAUGGCGGAGGCGCAGGUGCCAGGACUGUUCGUGGUGGGCGAGGGUGAUGGGGUGCUUCCCCAGACAAUGCAACAGAUGGUUAAGGAUCUCAAAGGAGACCCUGAAUUGAAGGUGAUCCCCAAGGCUGGCCAUUUACCGAUGGUGGAACAACCCGCAGUCUUUACAGAGGUGGUAAAUGACUUUCUGCAUUCAUAG